CUCUGUCUUCUCAUCUUUAGCCUUUCACGGGGGCGACAAAAUCUUCUAACUUCGAGGGAAUUUUUUAUUUCUUGCUUGGAUUUAUUAUUUUCAUUUUGGGUGGCCAAAGAAAACAUAAAAAAUCUGCAUACAUGUGGUCUUUUUUCUUUUGUUGUCAUCUGCAAAAAAAAUAUCCUAAAAUUAUCUUGUUUGUUAAUAUUUCACCUGCUCUUCCACAAUUAUUUUAUGGUUCUGUUUUUUCUCCCCCAAAUGUCCCAUUUCUUGAACUUUCUGUGCGUUUUCUGGAUGAGUGUUGGGGGCUGUUUUAAUUAGUGUUUAGAAGGUUUGUUUGGUUCAAACUCUUAAGACCCUUCUUUGAAUCCAAUAUUCCUAACUUUUUGUGCAUUUUAUUACUCAUUAUUACUUCACUUUUGUGAUAGUGGCUUUUCAUACCGAAUUGAAUUUACACUUCUGCACUUGGUUUGGGCACUGACUUUGCUUUGAUCCUCUUGAAUGGUUCUUGGAGUUAAAAUUUCUUAAUUUUUGAUAGAAUUAUAUAUUAUUGCUGAAAGUUCUUAAAUUCUGCUACAAUUGUGUUGAGUUAUCGGAGUUAUUUUGCCAAUGCCUCCUACAUACUUCCCUUUGAGAUGGGAGAGUAUUGGAGAUCAAUGGUGGUUUGCAUCUCCCAUUGAUUGGGCAGCUGCCAAUGGACAUUAUGAUUUAGUCAGGGAACUUCUUCACCUUGACACAAAUCUGCUCAUUAAACUCAGUUCUUUACGCAGAAUUCGUCGUCUUGAAUCCGUGUGGGACAAUGAAGAACAGUUUAAUGAUGUUGCUAAAUGCCGGUCUCAAGUCGCGCAAAAGCUCUUACAAGAAUGUGAAACCAAGAAAGGACAUAAUUCUCUAAUCAGGGCUGGCUAUGGGGGUUGGCUUUUAUACACUGCUGCAUCAGCAGGGGAUGUGAUAUUCGUUAAAGAAUUGUUGGAUAAAGACCCCCUCUUGGUAUUUGGAGAAGGGGAAUAUGGUGUUACCGAUAUAUUUUACGCGGCUGCUAGAAGCAAGAAUUCCGAGGUUUUUAGACUGGUGUUCGAUCAUGCCAUAUUGAGAACUUAUUCCCGUACCACUAAAGGGGAAAACGAGGAAGUUUCUUCGGCUUUCAAGAGUGAAAUGGUUAAUAGAGCUGUCCAUGCUGCAGCUAGAGGAGGAAAUAUGGAGAUCUUGAGAGAAUUUUGUAAGGAUGAAUCUGAUGUUUUGGCGUACAGAGAUGCCCAGGGAUCCAUAGUAUUACAUACAGCUUCUGGCAUUGGGCAGGUUGAGGUAGUUAAAAAUUUAUUAUCGUCCUUUGACAUCAUCAACACCACGGACAAUCAAGGUAACACAGCAUUAAUUGUGGCUGCUUACCGUGGUCAUGUAGAUGUAGUAAAGAUCCUUAUAUGUACGUCUCCUUCAUGCGCAUCCCUAACAAACAACUAUGGAGAUACUUUUCUGCACAUGGCAGUGGCUGGCUUCCGAACCCCUGGAUUCCGAAGAUUGGACCAACAGAUAGAGCUCAUGAAGCAAUUGGUUGGUGGGAAAAUUGUAAAUAUAGAAGACAUUGUCAAUGUUAAGAAUAAUGAUGGUAGAACUGCCCUUCACACGGCUGUAAUUGAGAACAUUCAAUCUGACAUUGUGGAACUUCUUAUGUCGGUGCAUUAUGUAAACUUAAAUAUUCGUGAUGCGGAUGGAAAUACUCCUCUCGAUCUCCUCAAGAAAAGACCGAAAUCGGCUUCUUCAGAGAUUUUAAUCAAGCGGCUGAUAUCAGCUGGAGGAAUCUCGAAUUGUCAAGAUCAAAUGACUAGAAGUGUUCUUGCUUCCCAUCUGAGGAUGCAGGGGAUUGGAGGCAGUCCAGGGACAUCUUUCAGAAUCCCGGAUACCGAGAUAUAUUUGUAUUCUGGAAUUGGGAACGCAUCUGAUGUUAGUUGUGAAUUGACAAGCGAGUACGCUUCGUGCUCGGGUGAACUGAAUCGCUUUGAUUCGCCUGCUAUGUCAAGCUCAACUAAUAAGAAGAAAUUUGAUUCUGUUAAUAAUGCUGCUGGGCGUCUCAAGAUUCUUCUUCGUUGGUCAGGGAAGAAAGAGAGAAAAGAAGAAAUCACCGAGAUGGAAGACAAUAAUUCUGUAGAAUCAUUCAGAACCUGUUCAAGUUUCAAAAACAGCCCAAUUCCACUUAGGCAGAAGUUUUCAAGAAAAUCCUCUCCGCCAAACAACAAGAGAGUACUUGCAACCAGAAGUAGCCUUCCGAGUCCAUCCACUAAAGAGAGAUUUGCUGCAGAGUUAUCACACGGCGUUGUGAAAAUGAUGCCACACUCGUACUUUGGAUCACCUUCAACUCCUUUCUCCGAAUCAUCUUGGUCGUCUGCUGUAUCUGCUCAUAAAGAGAAGGGCGUGGAUCUCGACAGUGCUGGUGCGGGACCCUCUAGCCUGAAUCAAUCCCCAAAAAUUCGGGAGUCGAAAACGAAGCACAGACACUCCUCCUUCAACACGAGGCUGAUGAAUCACUACUUCUGUUUUGGUUCUCAAGGCCUUGCUGUGGAUAAUCAGAAUCAUAAAAGGCUUGCUGUGUAAUGAAUUAACUCUCUUUAAAUUUUGGACAUAUCCCUCAAUCUGUAAAUAAUUUCCUACUUUUGUUGUUUAUUUGUCCAAUUUCUUCGUCUACUUCA